UCCAGGGUCAUAGAUGGACUGUAUCACAUGCUUUCAGUUCGAAUCCAGAGCCGUGGAGGCCCAAUAUUGGUCUAGCAACCGCCACAGACCUAUAGGCAAAUGUUGUAUUUUCCUGGUAGUUAUGAUUAUAACUACUACGGAUCGCAAAUGGAUCCAUUUCAACUCGUUCAUAGCCAAGGCACAAAACUUCAAGCCCAACGUACACAUCGGUUUACGCUCCCUCCCCUCUCUUGUUGUAAGUUGUUGUAACUACUACCCAGUCCUUGUCSAUGAUUCAUCAUAACAAUAUGGAGGACAAGAAGAGGAUCGAAUGUGAUGUAUGUGGCAAGACUUUUAACAAAAACUGGAGGCUUAUAGAGCACAAAAGAUCGCACACAGGAGAACGCCCAUUCCAGUGUAAUCAUGAAGGUUGUAACAAGACAUUUGUAAGACCAUACCACCUCAAAAGACAUCAACUGACAUCUCACUCAGAAGAAAAACCAUUCAAGUGUUCAUAUCCUGGAUGUUCCUUGGCAUUUUCUAUCAAGCAUAACUUAAAAAGACAUGAGAAAAGAGCUCAUGAUAAACCAUUUAAGUGUAAAUUUGAAGGAUGUUGCAAGACAUUUAGUAAAGGAACUCAGCUACGAAAGCAUGAAUGUGCUCAUGAAAAUAAACUGCCAUACAGCUGUGAAAGAGAUGGUUGUGAUGAACGUUUUGCUACAGCACAAAAGUUAAAAAUACAUAUUAUUAGGAAACAUGAGCAAGGUCAAGUUUAUUUUUGUUCGCAUGAAAACUGUGGAGAAAGUUUUUCUAGGUUUCAUGACCUUAAUAAGCAUGUUACUAGCCAUGGUUACAAGUGUUUAAAGUGUGGUAAAGUGUUCAAAGAAAGAUAUGAGCUUAAAAGACAUGCCGUCAUUCAUGAUGAUGAAAGAAAAGUUUUUAAAUGCCCAGUAGAGGAAUGUGAUAAGUUUUACACAAAGGCUUACAACCUUAAAAUACAUGUCCAGUGCUAUCAUGAAGGCAUGAAGUCUUUUUCUUGUGAUGUUGAAAACUGUGACAAACAGUUUGCUUACAGGAGAUCACUUGAGAAACACAUGGAGUUAGCUCACGCAAAGAAAAAGCCAGCACCAAAGAGAAAAAAGAGCCACAAAACAAGCAACAAAAAACCUAGAGUUGAAGAUAAAGAAGAAACAAAUGCCACAUCUGUAGAUCAAGCAACAGGUGGUAGAAAUGAUGACAGGAGCUCUGAACAGCCGAAGGAGGCGGAAGAAAAGGAAGUGAUGACGGAAACUGGAGAGAAGAGAUUCAAAUCUUGUGCAGAAAAGAAGGACUCCACAUUAAAUGAUGUUGAUAAUGGUGAUGAUGGUAACGAAGGCAGCUGUGCAAAUGAUGAUGAUGAGGAUGAUGCGAAUGAGGAUGAUGCGGAUGAUGAGGAAAGGGUCGAUAAAGCUUAUCRUAAUAAGAGUGGUAGCAAGAAUGAAAGUUGUGAUAAAAAUCAAAAUGAAAAAAAGAUUGAAGAUGAAGAAAAUGAUGCAGGAACGUCCCAAGAGAAAGGAGAUUUGUUUAUGACAAAAGAACACUGCGUUCCUGGUGCAAUAAAAGAGCAACCAAUCCCUGUAGCUACAUAAUUGUAAACAGACUCUUAUAGAUUUACAAACACAUUAUAUUAUUAAUUCAAAAUAUCGUUUAUUUCCGUUCGAUGUCAAUUCUAAUGGUAAAAACGUGGCAUUUCUAUGUUCUAACGAUAAAUAAUUCAAGAUUAUAAUAAUAUUUUGUUGACAUACAAGUUUCCCAAUAAAAACGACUUAAAUUUGUAA